AUGUUUAAUUCUAUAUCUCGAUAUUCUAUUCGAUAUAUUUGGAAAGGUGGCGCAAUAAAAUCUCAGUAUUUAUCUGUCUUAUUGUCAUUAUCAAGAUCAUCAAUAGAAUUGAAUAAAAAACUGAAAAAUAUGAUUGACUCACAGCAAUAUAUACAAGCUCUUAAUCUUUUUGAUCAUCAACAAUCAAUAUCUACUAAUGUAAGAUAUACUUUAGCUUUAAAAGCAUGUUCUCAACUAAAUGAUUAUGAACGUAGUAUUCUUAUUCAUAAACAAUUAUCAUUGAAAUCACUCAAAGAUCCAUUUAUUCAAACAUCUUUAAUUCAUUGCUACAGUUACAUAUCGAAUAAUAUGCCAGAAAAAGUACUUGAGUUAUUUGAAAAAAAUUCAAUAGAUAUUGAUGAAGUUAUCAUUACAAUGUUAUUUAAUGCAUGUGCCAAACUUUGUGCUAUUCAAAUUGGAAAUGAUACACUCAAAAAAUUACCAUUUUCUUUUCUUAAUCAUCAAAAAUUAGUUAAUUCAGCUAUUGACAUGUUAAUGAAAUUUGGUGAUGUCAAUCAAGCUCAAGUUAUUUUUAGAAAAUUCAAAAUAAAACUCUUGUUACUUAUGGAGUUAUCUUACGAAUAA